AUGUUCCUGAACCCAAGUGAGGGGCCCAUGGCCGAGGGUGGGGGCCCAGGGCCAGGUGAGGAGGCGCCCAAGAAGAAGCACCGGCGGAACCGCACGGCUUUUACCACGUACCAGCUGCACCAGCUGGAGCGGGCGUUCGAGGCCUCCCACUACCCAGAUGUGUACAGCCGAGAGGAGCUGGCAGCCAAGGUGCACCUGCCCGAGGUGCGCGUGCAGGUGUGGUUCCAGAACCGCAGGGCCAAGUGGCGCCGCCAGGAGCGUAUGGAGUCCAGCUCCAGGACCGUGGCAGCCCCGAGGCUCCCCGAGACCCCAGCACUGCCCUUUGCCUGCCCUCCGGCCCUGCCACUCCCCCUCGAACCCUGGCUGGGUCCCGGGCCCCCCGCAGUCCCAGGCCUUCCCCGCCUCCUGGGCCCGGGUCCCACCAUGCAGGCACCUUUCGGGUCCCACGCCUUUGGUCCGGCCUUCGCUGAUGGCUUCACUCUGGAUGAGGCGUCCCUGCGGCUGCUGGCCAAGGAGCACACACAGGCCCUGGACAGGGUCUGGCCCCCGGCCUGA